CGACAGCCCGAUUCCGAGGACAACCCAGUGCGACAACCGACAAGAACAGGUUCGGCCCCGUCAUGUGUGCCACCUGCUCCGUGGAGGAGCUCGCGAAAUCGCACUCCGAGGCGCUCGCGUGGCUGCGUGAGGCGCUCGAGAGGGACUCCCGCCGCAGCGGCUCCUUCCCGGCCUCGGGGCUUCGCGACGCGUGGCUGCUGCGCAUGCUCCGCGCCAGUGAUUGGGACCGGGAAUCUGCGCUGGAGCGGGCGGCAACGAGCCUGCAGUGGCGGUCGGAGCUCGACUAUGACGCCAUCGCCGCGUUUGUGCGGGCGCACCCGCGGCCGGAGGAGUGGCCAAAAGGGGAUGUGAUGAUGCGGUACCUGCCUCGCCACAUCGUUCGGACAAACGCGGGCGUGGUGGUCUGCCAGGUUGAGGAGCACAAGGACUAUGCGAGCGCGGAGGUGCACACGACGCCGGCCGAGCGGCGGGCCUUCAUGAUGCACCACGCCGUCCAGGCGUGCGAGCUGAUCGCCGAGCGAGACGAGGCGAGCGGAAAGAUUGACGCGCACCUCCACUACGUGCUCGACUCGGUCGGCUCCGGAGGCGCGCCCCUCUCCUGGCUGAUGCACAUGAUGCCCGCGUGGAGGGCCCUUACCGAGCUGGGCGGGCUGACGGCGACCGUCGGCGGCCUCUACUUUUGCGGCCCGACCAGCCUGCGCGCGAACCUCUUCCUCGCCGCCCUCAAGGCGGUCUGGAUGCGGCAGGAGAUGGCGCAGCUGGUCGCCUCGCGCUGCCCGCCCGAGGUCUGGCGCGGGAUGGAGCAGACGCCUGAGGCCCAGGCGUGCCUCUCGGUGAUGCUGGGCCGGUACACGAGCGAGGAGGACGAGGACGGGCCGGCCGAGCCGUUCGCGCCGAUGGACACCGACAACCGCAGCGUCGAGUGACGGAUUAGAGCUCUCUUAGUCCGACGUAGGGCGAUUCGAUCCGACGUUUUAUUGUGCUGCGAUUCUUUCCCCCUCGUUCUCUUGGCUUUUUUGCGUGGUGUGAGGAGUAAGUUGGG